CCUUAUCGUAGCACGUGAGGGGUUUGAUCGCUAAAAUCAGGCUGUUGGGGGCUGAAUACUUCACCUAGUUGUCCUAUACAAGCCAUGUUUCUGUACUCACCAUGACCCAAUCAGCAGUGUAUGUCAAGACUCGUACGAGGCGAUGGGCAACCAAAACGAAGACGGGAUGCUUGGUAUGCCGUCAACGGCGAAUCAAAUGCGAUGAGAGCCGUCCAUUCUGCUUCAAAUGCCAAUCUUCUGGCCGUAUUUGUGAAGGAUAUCCCGGUUCCUAUGAUAGGAACAAUCAUCGUGACAAGCGAUUCAUUCUUCCCAAGGCCAUGCCCCAACUGCCAAAGACAGUCAUGGAUUCGUUAUGUGACGCAUUGGACAUAAUGCGCCUCUCGCCAAUCGCACGGCUAGGAGCCGUUGGUAAAGAGAGCGCUGACUUACUAAUAGACAAGCAACUCGCCGUCAGCCAAAAAACCCGCUCGUACUUUCAUGAACUGCCAAGAGUUAUCGGCCAUGAGCCGGCGCUAGACACCGCCAUCAAGUCUGUCUGUCUUCUUAUGAAAUCGACAGUGCAAGGAGUAGCAACCGGAAAACAGUCCCAGAAUCUUGCAUUUAAUCAGUAUGGCCGGGCCCUCACAACCAUGCAACACGCUAUAUGGGACCCUGCGCGAGCAAAAAGUACGCUUACUCUGUGCGCUAUUGAAUUGCUUUGCUGCUUCGAAACAUUCUGUCGAGGCAUACGAAAGCCGUCUCUCCAACACCUUUACGGCGCUUGCCAGCUUAUUGAGUUCCGGGGCCCUGCUGUGAUACAAUCAGAACUUGAUAAGGCACUCUUUGCGGGAAAGAUACCCAAUUUUUUUGUGUUAGGACUUUUACGCGGAGAACGACAGUUUCUAGAGGAGCCACAAUGGCAGCAGGCCAUACGCGAGUCUGUUGAUCCCUCUGGCACGUCGACAUAUCGUCACGAAGUCGUGCUGGAGUUGUACUGUGUUGUAGUGUGCUGUAGUGGAGCUUGGCGUGCCUGCGCAGAUUAUUUCGCAUCUGAAGAGCGAAGCUUGCAAUCGCAAGCAGCUUUGCUGGUCAAGGUAAACUCUAUUCGAGAACGCCUUCUCAGCUGGUACGCCGUAUAUGGCAAUACAGCACUGUCAUUUAACCUCCCUGAUGGAUCAAAAAAGCUCCGCAUUGAAGUUGGCGAGGAGAAUACGAUGGGGAACAUGUUGGACGCAUUCACAGCGUACCACCUCUUCCUGGCGUCUAUUAACCGCUCGCUCAUCGCUCUUGGCGAUAUCCGUGGAAUGGAAUUGGAAAGGCAAUCCUACAGAGAUAUGGCCUGGAUGCUAAGCGGAAUUGAAGAUGACUUGGACGAGCGUGAUAUAUCGACAGGCUCGCUAUCUGCUACACCGAACCGUUUGUACAAUAUCGAUACGACUUCUUUGUCCGGAGCGAUGAGUUCAAGCCAGCGUCAAGCAUUGGCAUUCGUACACACAUCCCCAGCGUGGUUUGAAGCUGCACAGAACGUUCAUAAGAUUGGAGCGGCGGUAGGUUCAUCCAGUAAGGAGUUUGAGGCUCUGUAUAAAACUUGGUUAUCUAUCUCAGGAUUUGGGGCUCUACGACAGGCUUGAAUUCGGAUCACAUAAAGCAGGCGAUGUCCUUGUACCCACCUACCCUCAUGUAACUAUAGCUCCAUAUAUGCUGAACAACUCAAAUCGCUAGGGACACAUGCAUAGAUAAAGAUCCUGACUUCAGUUUUCAAUGUUUGCUUUGGAGGAUAUUUACUUUCGACCGGUAACCUAUGUAUAUAUACUUAAA